AUGAGUACAGACAUCCAAAGAUUUUUUCGUAAUAAAACAAUUUUUAUUACUGGUGGCUCAGGAUUCCUUGGUAGAGUACUACUUGAAAAAAUAUUAAGCUGCACCGAGGUUAAGUGUAUUUAUGUGUUGUUACGGCGCAAAGCUGGGCAGGAGAUAACCGAUCGUUUCAAUAACAUAUUAAAAUCCCCGUUAUUUGAUAAACUUCAUACACUGCGUUCAAACAUUUUGGAUCAGAUUCGUGUUAUUGAAGGUGAUUGUUCUUUGGAAAAUUUAGGUAUUUCCAAUGAUGAUUAUCGCGAAUUAAUUGAAAAUGUCGAAGUGAUAUUGCAUUGUGCGGCAACAGUAAAUUUUAGCGAAAAUCUUAGUGUUGCAACGCAGAUUAAUGUUCAAGCCACUAUGGAUGUAAUCCGGAUGGCUAAGGAGAUGCAAAAAUUAAAGUCCUUUGUUCAUGUCUCUACAGCUUUCGUCCAUUGCGAUACCAUACAUACUGAGGAACGUUUUAAUUCCGAACAUUUGUGUGUCAACAGUGAAGAUUUGUUGAAUAUUAAAAAAUCGUUGAAGAGCGAUACAUUUGAUUCUUUGACAUCAAAUCUUAUAGGAAAACCAACCAAAGCAGUCACGGAAGGAUUAAUAAAGCAGGAAGAAAGUUCACUGCCGCUUUGUAUAUUUCGCCCCGGAAUAAUCAUUUCAACUGUCGAAGAACCAAUUCCCGGUUGGAUAGAUACUAUUCAAGGAGCUGCCGGUGCAACAUAUAGCUUUUUAAUCGGAGUCUUGAGAAUAAUCAAUGUUGCCUAUAAGACAAAAGCACCAUUGGUACCGGUGGAUUAUUGUGCAAAUAUGAUAAUGGCAGCGACAUGGCAUACAGCUUCAAACCAUAAAUCAAGACGCACCAGCGAACCAACAAUUUAUAAUUUUGUACCCGACGAAACAAAUACAAUCAACAUGGUACGUUUGAAUCGCAAGAUAACCCGCCUGACAGCAGCAUUGAAACAUUUUAUAAACAAUGAUUUCACCUAUGAGACCACGAAUACAAGACAUCUGUGGAAAUCAUUAUCUCUGGAAGAUCAAAAAAUAUUCAAUUUUGAUAUGGCCUCUUUGAAAUGGAAUGACUAUUUGCUGCGAUAUGCCAAUGGAUUACGAUUGUAUAUUGCUAAGGAGAAUGAGAAAUCGAUAUCUUCAGCUAAAAGGACAUUAAAUAGGUUUAAUAUACUUAAUAUAGUGGUACAUUUAAUCGUUUUUAUUGGUCUGUUAUGGACAUUGAAAUCCAUAAUAUUAUCAUAA